UUGAGGGUAGCUGCUGCUGCUCGUUCUCUUCUCUCUCUUCUCUCUCUCUCUCUCUUCCUCUCUCUUCCUCCUCCUCUUCUUUCUCUCUUUUGUCCCAUUCUACUAGUGCUCCGGCGAUGAGGCCGGGAGAGAAGCCUGGUGGCGCCAGGACGCCAAGACACGAGGUGUGUGUGUUUGUGUUCGAUACCGUGCUCUUUUAUUCUUAUAUAUCUCUUCGUUUUUGUGCUUCGCGCUUCAUAGUGUUUUUUGAUUAAUUGCUCCUUUCUUUCUUUGACGGCGAGUGAGUAUAUAUACCGCUCCUCUUUCCUUUAACGGCCAAGUUUCGCGAGCGUGUUGGCCGGCCUUCUCGACCGGCGGUAAAUAUUUUUGCGGACGUUCAGUGCCGGAUUACGAGGCUCGAACGGAGAUCGUAAAAUGUGCGUGUGCGCUGGUGCUCGACAAAAACGAAAAACAAUACCCUCUCCGCGUUAUCGAGCAAAACCGUAAAAGAGGACGACUGUUGGAUGUGCCUCUAUCUCCAAUUCUCACAGUCGAUUUACUAUUUUUAAAUGUAUACGUGCAUAUUUGUCGAAAGACUCUGCGCCAGACAUUGAUGGAGCGAUGUUAUCAAAUGGACUGAGAGAUCUCUCGUCUUUUUUUUUCUUCAAGCUGUGAAAUAUAUCAUCGAGCGUUAGAGUUGACGGAUUUUGAUGGAGCACGCUGCUUUAUGCACUUAGAUCGUAUUAAAAUGAGUCGAGGCUGUAGAUGUUGUCCAAGACCACUGAUGCGAUCUUGACGGCCGCGGAAAUUUUUUUUUUUAUCGGCAAACUGAACAAUUUAUUGAUGCUGUACAGAGCUAUUUACGAGUGGAUGGCUAAGGUGGGUCGGAGGCCUCGCAGCAGCAAGGAAGUGAGAUGAAUAGCCACAGUGGCGUCUGGCAGGCAACACUGACUGACUGACUGACUGACUGACUGAAGACGAGAAGAGAAAGAGAAGAGGAGUUCAAUCAUCGUUCAUUAGGAUACAAUAAUGAAUCGCGAGAAUGAGGAACAAAAGCCAGUACCCCAGACGCUGUGCGGUGCACUGCAGAAGGAAGCCAAUUGCAAAUGUCUUGUGCUCUCAGUGCUAAUCUACGGGUGCCUUGCCGCCGUUACUUGGUGCAGAUGCGCCAACGUACCCAAGAUUGUUCUAGAUUUCACCACCUAUCCUAUCAAGAGCACCAAGCAUGUCUCGCCUUGCGAAGAUGGUUACAUCUACAUUCCCGUGGCGUUCAUGGGAAUGCUUUACCUCGUCUAUCUGGUCGAAUGUUACCAUUCGCCUAUCAGAAUCGACCUCCUGCACGCGGAGGGUCAAAGCUCUGUACUCGCCAAGCUGACACAACUGAAACUUGCGCAACCGACGAUCUGGUGGAAGGCUAUCUCGUAUCAUUACGUGCGGAGGAAACGGCAGGUUGUACGGUACAGGAACGGCGACAAUUUUACUACCACCCAGGUGUAUUACGAGAGGGUGAACUCACACGCGGCCUCGUCCCUUUACUUUUACGACUAUUGCGGCUCCAAGGACAUCAGCAAGGAACUCGUACUGGAUCCUAAGAUUCCAAUAACCAAGAUUACGUUGUCCAAAGGUUUUGCUUUCUCGAAUGUCAGGUCAGCUACCGAAUUCGAGGAAGCCAGGUCGAGAUUCUUUGCUGAACAGGAGUUCCGAGACGACUAUAUGGAGAUGAGGGAAGGGUUAGAUUUGGGUUGCAAUUUUGGUCCAAUGACACUCGUGUCAGUCCUGGGUAACCCAUGGUUUACUCGCUCUUAUGUUUACUGGUGCCUUAGUGCGCUUUUGCUUAGCUGGCCACUUAGAAUUAUCAUCGAAUGCAACACGCAAUACGUCGAUUAUCAGAUAACGAAGCUGUUCGGCGUGAAUUACGACACACCGACGAACAUCCAAAUUCACACGUCGGCGAGUCAACUUUCAGCGCCAGGCUCGUACAUGUUGGCGCCGAGCUAUAGCGAAGCCUUGCUGAUGGAAUCGGCUGGUAUACCAACGACAGCGACGGCCAGUAACGCGCAAACUGAAGCACCUUCGGGAGCACCGCACACCGACAUGGUACCAAGUUACUCGGAGGCGUUGCUUUACGAGCGUGCGGCUGCUGAAUAUCAGCCGUCUCAGUACACGUCUUUACCUAUACAACCUACGACAGUAACGACACAGAAGACCACCAACUGCGAGUGUCCUUGUCAUGGGAUAUCGACGACGCUCGGUGAGUUUGCCGUGUCGCAGGAGAGCCUGACUGAAAAUUGGCGCGACGUUAGUGGGGCGAACGAUACUACGGCCAAUUUGCGUAGAGCCAAACGAACGAAUAUUCAGAGCACCGAUCGUGAUGCGAGUUGUGCAAGCAGUAGCUUACGCGCCGAAGCUCGAAUUUGCGAGAAUUGCUUGAGCGACACGGCCACGACGGCGACGUCGACACGUCGUUCACUGGCGUUAACGACGCGAAGUAACGGUGAUCUCGUCGCGGCCACUGUAGCGAAUGAAGUAGACGGAAGUAGUGAUAGUAGGCAGCCGCGACAAAUAAGAUAUAUUGUCAGAGAAUAUUCGGAGCCUGAUCUACGGAGAAACACAAAUACGUUGAGUGAAGCAGCAGUCAGAUGUAUUCGGAACAAUGGCAUGAGUUUGGAGAAUAUUAUCGAGAGUGGCGAGGAAGUCGAAGGUCAACGUCAACCGUUCGAGCAAUCAGCACCGUCCACGAGCGCCGAUCAACCACAAGCUUCAACGAGUUCCACGAACGACGAAGCGGCUCGAAGCACAGGCGCGAUACCAAAGCGCGGAACAGCGUUGCACAGCACGAGCAACCAGAGUGUGAACCGUGUGACGGUGAAUCCGAUCGCUGAGGCAGUGAAACGCUUGCCGAACUCGCGUAGUACGUACUUCUGCUUGAAAUCGAUCCUUAAGCAGAACCGCAGGCGCUUCACCCUCGUCACGCCCGAAGAGUUGCAAAGCUUGACCUGUGGCAGCGAACCAACUUCCACAACUAAUGCCGCUGACGACGACGACGAAAUCGAGUGUUCCUGUGAUGGAUGUAGAGCUGAACUUGAGAGGCCAGAUCACCUUAGGAUCGACAAAAACAGACCGCUUAGCUGUCAGUCGCUUAUGUAUAAAAGAGAGAAUUCUAGAACUCUAAUCUUCGCAAGUCCAAUUCAAGCAGUAUGUCCAUCAGAUCCAUUUGGUGGUCGUAACAUGGUGAAAAGUGAGCAUCCACCUGAUUACGAGAACGCACUCAAUUUGCCAGUGUUAACGCGAUUACGUCGCUCGGUAGUCGAACGCGAAGCAACGACUGUCACAGCUGUUGUAACUACUGCUACAAGUGCUGCUACUGCUGUUGCCGGGACUUCGAACUCCGCCGCCAGUGCCUCGAGCCGUGUAUGGAAACAUCGGCGAAACGACUCUCAAACUGCUUCUACCAGUUCCGACAGCAACACGCGGACAGCGUUAAUAACGACAACGCAGUCAGGUCGCGCAGAGACGACGAUCUCGAUACCAUCGUACGACGGUGUGACAGUACCGCCAGAUUUACGAAAUAGCCAGGUACCGUCGACAAGUACCGACGAGAGAAGUCCAUUCCUCAGGCUUGACGAGCUUGCUACUGCCUCGGGGUCAGGAUCGUCUGUCGAUUCGACUGGACAAAGUGGAACUCACAGGGGUAAAUCGAAAGCACGAUUGACGAGGUCAUUAACGGAGAGACGUAAUACCUCAAACUCGAGACGACGUGAUCGAGCGUUAAGGAAAAGUCUCACUGAACGAGUGGACACUGAGUGUCGCAUAGCCAACGUUAGACGCGGCGCCCACAUCAACAUCGAAACCUCAUUGUAGACGACUUACUAAUUGAUGAGAUGUUUUUUUAACUCUCCGAUGUGGGCUGACUUAACGCUUGACUGUACUACUUAAUCUUGCCAAAUAUAGUGGAUUAUAUACAUGUGAUCGAGUUUCUGAAUAUACGAGUAAUGACUGUAGAUGUGAAAAGUAAAAUGAAAGUUUGUCGGUUAAUUAAGAGUUUAGUUUUCUGCGUUUUUGUUGUCUAUUAUCGGCAGUUAUACUCACGUCUGGCAUUAACAAUCUGCCUUAUGAAAGCUUAAAAUAUAUACAAAUGAAAAUAUUGCUUUCAAAAAUCUUAAGUCUAUGAAGAUUAGUCAUUGUAAAUGAUGAAUAAUUCAUUGAAUUUUGAAAUUCAUAUUUUAAAGUCGAUUUCAUAAACUAUGGGUUUUUCAAAACAAGUGCUACAAUUCAAACAUCGAGCGUUUAUAAAAAAAAAUAACAGUCGUUUUUUUUCAACGACCAAAGUGUGAUACAUGUUUUUUACUGGAGUGUUCAUUGUGUUUUCCAUUUAAAAAACACUUUUGACUUUAACCUGUCAAAAAUGAUUACUUGAGAAAGUAGAAUUAUGUCAUCAGUAUAUUAUAUACUUAUUACAAUUUAACGUUUUAUAUAAUAUUCAUAUGUAAUAAUUAUAUUGUCAUUUUUAUCUGAGAUACAAAGCAAAUAAUCACUAAGUCUCAAACAUACAAAAAAGGAAAAUGAAGGUAAAAAAAUCAAUGUUUGAUAUUUGUUGAGAUAUGUUAUAUUGAAUAUUGGUUGUUACUUGUUAAUGAAAAAUUUGAGGCCAAAAUGUAAACAAUUAAAGAAAUUUAAUUUAACUCAAUAUAAAUAAAUACAAAAAUUUAGUGAUUAUUAAAACUUAUUUUAAAUAAAAAAUCAGAUAAAGAAUGUUGGUAAAUAAAAAUACUUAAUAGCUUUUGAGGAAAAUUGUAAAUUGUAAUAAAUUUGUUAGGGGGAUCAUACCGUUAUAUAAUAAUCCUUAAAUUUAUGUAUAAAAAAUAUGAAUUUAUUUUCAAUCAAGAAUAGUGCGAGCAAAAAGUAAUAUUUAUAUAUAUAUUUAAAUUUAAAAAAUGCACAAUUUCUUUCGGCAAAUAGUUCGAUCACGUACAUCUCUCAAAUCAAAAUAAAAAUGUACUUAUAAAGUAGUCAAAACCUUACGAGAGAUAAUUUCUCGGAUUUUUUUGUAUUCCACGAGAUACGAUUGACAAAAAAAGUUCUUUUUGUACAAUAUUUUUAAAUAGAAAAUCAAUACGACGAACGUAUAAGUAAUUUUGAAAUAAUAAUGUAUACUCGUAUAGAUAGCACUGUGAAAUAUUCAUUUUAAAAAGUAACAAAUGACAAUUAUUAAUCAAAAGCAGAAUAUUUCGCAUUCUCCAGGAGUAUUACGAUCAAAGUUUUCCAAAUAGCCAAAAUUUCGCGAUAUUGUAGCCAGAAUCUAACGAGACUUCCCAACUUCCAUAUACAUCAGCGUUGUACACACACUCGCAUAACAGAGCAAGUGAAACGUAUAGCAGAGGUUAGUGCAGAUAUUAAAAAUCGAUAUCUGUGGCAUUGCUCCAUGUGUGAAGGUGUCUGUGUAUAUAUAUAUAUAUUAUAUUUUUGUGCAUACACAUACACAGAUAUGUGUGCGCGUGUCUCUCUCGAUGAUAUAUGAAAUACACUACGAACUUGGAGCUAUUCUUUUUCUCAAUGUUUCAAAAAAAUCCUUUCAUCGAACACUCUCUGGUUGUCGUAGGAGUGUGUUAUUCGCUUUCGUCUUACCUUUUUCUUUAGCGAACAAAUAAGGCUGUGAAAUAAAAAAUAAAAUCCCGAGCGAUGGAUACGACAGAAAGAAAAAAAAACAAAACCACGAUUUUUCUGGAAAUUUAAUGUUUUCAUUUGCUAUUUGUGCACAUACAUUUUGCUUUAAUCGACAUAAAGCAACAAUUCGACAAAUCGGGCAUAAAAGUGUCUCUUCCACUCUAGUUGAUAUUGUUAAUUAAGCCACGUAUAAAUGCGAAAUCGAGUAAUAACAAAUUAGAUAAAAUUCGUUAUUCAGUUCGUAGACGUUGAGAAUAUAAACAUAAAAAAUAAUAUUAAACUUUGUAAUUUUCACAAACGAGAAUACGAUCUUAUGAAUAAUUGUUAUAAUGCAAAGAUUGAUUCAUUGUUGUGUUCAGGAGUAAAAUAUUCAAUCUAUUUAAUUCCAAAAAUUGUGAGUGCAAAGACACUGCGAAGUAAACCAUUAAUCGACUUUGGACAAAUAAUUUGCUAAAAUACAAUUUUUCUUGCAGUGAAUUUUAACGUUUGAUACCUUUUUAAAAGCUCAAUGUCAUCUUUAAAUUAUUAUUUUAUAAGUCAUGAAUAAUAUUCAAAAGAGUAUACCAACAUACGUACGGGUUAAGAUUUAUAAACAUUUUUAACGGCGAAUAAAUGUGCUUCGAAGCUGUCCUGCGAAAAUACUUAAACUUUUGGUCGUCAAAAUAUUAAAAUGGAUUGUACUAUCGGUGGUUCAUCACUCCACUGCAAAUAUUUUCUCGCUAACGCUUGUAUGUAUCUAUAAAUUUAAUAAAACUCAUUUCUCCUUAAAUAAUACUUAACCAUUUUUAUCUUGCUUAAAAAAUUAAGCUGCGCCAUGAUAAAACUUGAAAGUAUUUAUACGUAAAUUAAUAAUAAACAUUUAUUUUGUUGAUACAUGUGCAAAAAUUUACGUUGUUUAACUUGAGGUCGGUUUUUAUUAUUCGAAAUUACAAAAUUUGUCAAAAUUAGUGUAAAGAAGACAUUUAAGAAUAUUUUACGUUGAUUCAUGCAAAGUAUAAGAAUAUGUAUACAAAAAUUAGUUGCAAAUAAAGAAACGCAUAAGUAUUACUACUGUCAAUUUAUAAGCUUGUACACAAAAAGUUGUAUGAUGGCCAUGUGUAAUUUUUUUAGCUUGUAGGGCUCGAAAAAAAUAUAAUGAAACCAGAAUGUAAUGUAAUAUACGAAACCAUUCACAAUGGAUAAUCAAUUAGAAUCAAUAUGUAUGAUAUAAAUGUAUUAUACACAAUCUACGCUACUACUAUUAUUAUAAAAUCAUUUGAAAUUAUCUUUUGUAUCAAGAAAAGAUAGGCAUGUAUUUUUUUUCAAUAAGCUAUGAUAAAUUUUAAAUAAGUGCUCGUACUUUAAAUAAUAAUCUUCUUUAAUUAAAAAAUUUUAUUUUCAAAGAAACUUUCCCUAUUAUAAAUGUGUAAUUGAGAAAACGAAAAAAAAAUGAUUUUCGAGCCCAAUCGACGGUAGGUCAAAAAUAAGAAAGGUACGUAAUGCCAAAAUACAGAAAACGACGAGAAAAAAGUAAAAAACCAAUACAAACUAAUGCCGUCUCAAAAAGUGCUCUUGUAAAAAUUAAAAACCAUAGUGUGAAUUUGUUACUUUAUAACAUGUAUUGAUGUACGAGCGAAGGUAUAUAAAUAGUCAUCUGAAUUGAUGUGUUUGUUGAUGAUCGAACAAAAGCUCAUUGUACUUCGGCGGAAAAAGCAACAAAGAAUCCGUGCGAAUACUAACUAAAUAACUUUUUGUCGCGGUGUCUCAUUGUAUAAAUGAGUAUUAGUGAUAAUUUGAUUAUUACUACUAUUAUUACACUUACUAUCGACUGCAUCAAAGUUUCUGUAUGAAGAACCUGGUUACCGUAUUUCAAUAAAUGUUAUGAAACAUUGCAUUCGUAUUCAUUAUUAA